GUUAGUUUCUCACUAAUUCAUCUAAGCUUUCAUACAUUGCAUAUUAAAUGUCGGACUAAAUCAAUUACACAUUCAUUAAAGUAAUGUCAUUUAAUUAUUGAUAAAUUAAUGUGAUAGAAUAUCAAUCGGAAAAUGUAAGUACUCUUGUUAUUUUAUUCCUUGUUUUUAUGUUGUUGCUUUGUCUUUGGAUUCCGGAAAGAAAAAAAAAACAGUCUACACACACAACAUCGAAACAAGGAUCUUCAUAAUCACGCAGACAACCUCAGUUCACACAGACAACUGGUUUUGUUUCCAACGUUUACUUCUCGAAACUAAACCCAGUGAAAAUAACACGGCGUAGAAGAUGCAGCAGACACCGCAAAUGAUUCCUAUGAUGCCUUCAUUCCCACCAACAAACAUAACCACCGAGCAGAUUCAAAAAUAUCUUGAUGAGAACAAGAAGCUGAUCUUGGCCAUAUUGGACAAUCAAAAUCUUGGAAAACUUGCAGAAUGUGCCCAGUACCAAGCUCAGCUUCAGAAGAAUUUGAUGUAUUUAGCUGCAAUUGCUGAUGCGCAGCCGCAAACACCAACCAUGCCUCCACAGAUGGCCCCGCACCCUGCAAUGCAACCAGGAUUCUAUAUGCAACAUCCUCAAGCCGCUGCAAUGGCUCAGCAACAAGGAAUGUUCCCCCAAAAAAUGCCAAUGCAAUUUGGUAAUCCACAUCAAAUGCAGGAUCAACAGCAGCAGCAGCAGCAGCUACACCAGCAGGCCAUGCAAGGGCAAAUGGGGCUUAGACCUAAUAACGGCAUGCAUUCCAUGCACAACGAAGCUUCUCUCGGAGGUGGAGGCAGUGGUGGUCCGCCUUCGGCUUCCAAUCCAAACGAUGGACGUGGUGGUGGAAGCAAACAAGAUGGUUCGGAAGCUGGGACAGCUGGUGGAGAUGGCCAAGGAAGCUCAGCUGCAGCCGCACAUAACAGUGGAGAUGGCGAAGAGGCAAAGUAACAUGAUUUCGUGUAUGUUUAAUAAGACAAUAACAUGCGACUGUUGAUAGUAGGAUUUUCUUAAAAAAAGUAGCAGGACUAGUUUGAUCUGAUGCCCUUUGAUUGGUCGACCAAAGGACGGAAGAGCUUAGGUAGAUGUUGUGUUGCUAGGGUUUUUGCAUGCAGCAAGUUUGUGUCGACUGAAAUUGUUGUUGCCGCAAUAGGAAGUACUUUGUAGUGUGGUUGAAUUGGGAGCAACUUUCUCACCUCCCGUUUCAAAAAAUUUAAAUAUGGUUCUGGAAGUAUAGUUUCAGACGAUAUAAUUUGUUCAAAAAUGUACUUCUGAAUGUCUAAAAAUUGUGUCUUUUUAGAUGUAUACUUUCGAAGUGAUUUUGGUGGGUGGAGAAAGUUCUUAGGCCCGGAACUUGUAUUUCAAGAACAAUCCGGACCGCAAUAGUACUUUGAGCUGGUGCUACUGCUAAAGGAUAUGUUGAGUACAAUAUUAUUCUGAGCUUAGUGUUUGCU